UAACAGGAGGGUGUCUCAGAAGUGCGCCUGUGUGUCCCUACUGUGUCCCACCGACUCCUGUGUCCUCCGCCCCGGCUAGCUAUCGGCCCCCCCAUCUCAUCUCAUCCGUGCUCCUUUGCCAGGACCACUGACUGAAGGGAAAUACCAGAAGGAUAAUGACCCAGCGGUUACAGUGUUGUUGGAGUGCAGAUUUCUAACCCAAGACUGUGGAAUACGUUGAUUCAAACUCAGGGUGCCUUAUCUGGUGCUACACUUUUUUUUAGCCACAAUGAGAAAGCGGCAGCUGCUGCCACCAUGCGCCCUCCUCUGGGUGCUGCUGGUGUGCUCUGGCCUGCUUCCCCAGACCUCUGCGCAGGCCGAAGAGUCAGCUGACCUAGUACUCUUAAUUGAUGGAUCAGAGAACGUUGGAGCCGCCAACUUCCCUCGUGUCCGCGAUAUCGCCCUGAAAGUGAUCGAAAAGCUAAACGUGGACAGGGAAGCCAUCCGAGUGGCCGUUGCACUGUAUGGCGCCGACCCCGAGAUUAAGUUCUAUCUCAAUAGCCAUGACAGCAAAGGGUCGGUGCAGACUGCCAUACAGGGGCUGGCAUUCCCAGGUGGCGAUGAGGCCAAUUUGGGCACUGCCUUGGAGGAGGUAGUUGAAAGCAUACUGGGUCCAGACUCGGGGGGCAGGGCAGACGAGGGCGUGCCCCAGAUCCUUGUUGUAAUCAGUGCAGGCCAGUCCAGCGAUGAUAUCAGUUUAGGGGAACAGGCCUUAAGGGAGUCCAAUGUCUAUACGUUUGGCGUGGCCAUUGGUGAGACGGCCAGAAGCACUAUGGAAGCAGUGGCGUCCGACUCAAGCUUUGUGGUAAAUGCUCCUGAUCUGACAGCUGUGGAUAGCAUGGCUGAACAACUGCUGCCCUAUAUUAAUGGUGUGGCUCAGCGGCAAAUUGUGUUACACACUCAAAUUACUCAAGCCAUCACUGUGGGGAAGAGGGACAUCAUUUUUCUGAUUGACAGCACAAUGGGUUCGACAUUUCUGAAUGGUGUGCGUGAGUUUAUCAAAAAGUUUGUUGACUCCAUGCCAAUAGGACCUGACCAAGUGCAAGUUGGUGUGGCACAGUUUACAACAACCCCCAGUUUAUUAUUUGACCUGAACACAUACAACACUAGAGAAUCAAUUGGGGAUGCGCUGGGCAGAAUUCGUCCCAAGAAUGUGCAAUCUGUAAACAUCGGUGCUGCGUUGGACUUCGUGAGGACCAACAUGCUGAGAUCAGAAAAGGGCAGUCGAAUCGAAGAAGGCGUUCCCCAGCUCAUGUUGUUGCUGACCAGCAAGAAGUCCAGCGACAGUGUUGAACAAGCAGCCACGGCCCUCCAGCGCUUGGGUGUUCUCACCUUGGCCGCCGGACAAAAAAACGCUGAAAAGGCAGAGCUUGAGAGGAUAGCUUUUGAACCGUCUCUGGUGUUCAUGUACAAGGAUUUCCGCGUGUUGCAACGCCAGCCAAAACAACUAGUGUCUCCCCUCUCCACAUUAUCAGGAGUUGUUAUCACAGAGUCACCAACAGAGCCAGUGGUUGAAAUAACAACAGUGCAGACCCAGAAGGUGGUUAGAGAUAUCAUCUUCCUGGUGGAUGGGUCAGACUACGUUGGUAAUGCAAACCUGCCCUUUAUCAAGGACUUCAUGAAUGGCAUCGUUAACCGCCUGGAUGUGAGACCAGAGCGGGCACGAAUUGGGCUGAUGCAGUAUUCUGGCACGCCAAGGACAGAAUUCUAUCUGAACAGCCACAACAACAAGCAAGAUGUUCUUGCUGCCAUUUCUCAGCUGCGCCCGACGGGAGGUCGUAGUGUGAAUACUGGCGCUGCUCUUGCUAGUGCCCUGGACAAUAAUUUCAAGCCACUUAGGAGACCGGGAGUCCAACAGGUGCUUGUUCUUAUCACCGGAGGUCCUUCUGAGGAUGAACAAACGGCAAAAAGAAUGGCUGACAAACUGGCAGUGGAAGGAAUUCUAACCUUUGCAGUGGGUGCAGGUCGAGCUGAUGGAACCUUCCUUACCAAUGUUGCCUUUGUCCCACAACUGGCCUACUAUGAGGACAGAUUCGAUUCCCUACCAGAUGUCGUUGAGCGGAUAUUUACACCACUGAUAACAGUGGUUGGAGACACAGAGGCUGUGGCACCACCCCCUCCACCCCCUGGAGGAGAGCGAGACGUGGCAUUCUUGAUUGAUGGCACUGACGCUGUCAGAGCAGAUUUUCCCUACAUCCGUGACUUCAUCAGGAAGGUCAUAGAGCCUCUUGACAUUGGAACCGACAAAGUUCGAAUUUCUGUGGUGCAGCACAGCGAAAGGCCCACACCAAGCUUUUACCUGAACACCUAUAACACCAAAGAUGAAGUAAUGACGGCUGUUAGUAACAUGAACCUGGCUGGAGGGCGAAGCCUGAACACUGGUGCAGCACUUAAGUUUAUGAAGGACACCAUCCUCUCAGCUUCGUAUGGCAGCCGAGCAGCCCAGAAUGUCCCACAGUUUUUGAUUGUGCUUACUGGUGGAAGAUCACGAGACAAUGUCAGGGACCCAGCUGGAGACCUGAAGACUACAGGAGUGGUGCCGUUUGGUGUUGGUGUGAAGGAUGCGGACCCCAAGCAGAUUGAAGCCAUCUCUCACAAUCCAUCCUUCGCUUUCAAAGUGAAGGAGUUUAGUGAGCUCGACACGGUCCAGGCGCAGCUCAACAAGAUUGUGAGUCUUCCCAAAGAAGAGCUGGUCGUUGCUCUGGAGCAGGCUGAAGCCAUGCGUCCUAAGAAGGAUGUUGUCUUCCUCAUCGAUGGCUCAGAUGGAGUUGGCCGGGAAUUUCCCAUCAUCGUGGAAUUUCUGCGGACAGUCGUGGAAAAGCUUAACGUUGGUGAAAACAAGAUCCGCAUUGGAGUGGUCCAGUAUGGAGACAAUCCCAACGCUGACAUCUACCUCAACGCCCACCCAGACAAGGAAGGAGUGUUGAAUGCAAUCAGGGGGCUGAGACAGCGUGGUGGCAGACAGCGCAACCUAGGAAGAGCAAUCGAUUUCGUCAGCCGUGAUGUUUUGACCAGGCGAUCCGGAGGCCGUCGAGAAGAAGGUGUUCCACAGUUUGUGAUUGUUGUGUCGGGAGGAAGGUCGUCAGAUGAUGUGCAGACCUCAGCCACAACCCUCAAGAGAUCAGGGGUCCUCACCCUUAGCGUUGGAACCAGAGAUGUUGACCCUGCAGAGCUUCAGGUCAUUUCCUACAUUCCAGCUUAUGCUCACCCUGUGGAUGACUUCCCUGGGCUCUACACUAUCCAAGACAGUCUGAUAACCACUCUAACCGAACUGUCAGAUGAAGAAAUAGCACGGAUGCGUCCUGUUUUCCCUGACUUCCAAGGUCCUGUGAUACCAACAACGCCAGGAGAUAAGAGAGAUGUCGUUUUCCUUGUUGAUGGAACAAAUACUGUCCCUAACAUUCGUGACAUGAUUUUGAGGAUCGUGGACAAGUUGGAUGUAGGAAUGGACACUGUACGCGUGUCUGUUGUGCAAUACAGCGACGACGUCAGGCAGGAGUUCCUUCUGAAUGAGCAUUCUUCCAAAGGAGAAGUUAAAGAAGCUGUGCGGCGAAUGCGAAACAAGGGUGGGAACCAACUCAAUACAGGAUUUGCUCUUGACUGGGUUUCGAAAAACAUCUAUCAAAGAUCAGCCGGCAGUCGUAUUGAAGAGGGUGUUCCCCAGUUCCUGGUUCUAGUUACAGGCAGCAAGUCCGCUGAUGAUGUGUCUGGUCCUGCUUACCAGCUGAAACGCAACAUGGUGGCACCAGUGGCUGUCGGAGGCAAGAAUGCGGAUGCCGACGAGUUGAAACUCAUCUCUUUGACGCCAGAGCUCACAUACACAGUGCGUGACUUCAGACAGUUGCCUACAGUGGAGCAGCAGCUCAUUUCCUCAGUAAAGACCAUGACGGCUAAGGACAUCACAGAUGUGACAACUACCUUGGUAUCACCCCCUGUUAUCACCACCACCACAAAAACGUUUGAUCUUGGAAGAAAGGAUAUAAUUUUCCUCGUUGACGGCUCCGACAGUUCUGGCGGAGGUGGACUUGCCCAUAUACGUGACUUCAUUUUGAAAGUCAUCCAGCAGCUGGAUCUCCAUCCUGAUCGAGUGCGGAUUGCAUUAGUUCAGUAUGCGGACAGGCCCAAAACCGAAUUCUCCCUGAACACCCAUUCGAACAAGGAGUCUAUUGUCUCAGCUGUCAGGAAGCUUCGUCAAAUGGGCGGUCGAGCAGGCGACUUGGCUUCAGCUAUCGACUAUGUCAUGAGGAAUGAACUGCAUGCUGGUGCAGGGGUUCGGCCUGCUGUUGCCUCUCAGCACCUCGUAGUACUGACCGGGGGAAGGUCCAUCUCAGAUGUGUCCAGCAAAGGUGCCAUCCUGAAAGGCGCAAGGGUGAACUGCAUCGGUGUUGGUGCCGGUGCAGCUGAUUCAAGACAGCUCACCCAGAUUGCCACUAGCCCUCAAGAUGUCCUUCAAGUACAAGCCUUCCCCAAUCUUGUCAAUAUUGAGCAGCAGCUCAUCGCUAGAUUGCAAGGGGGCGUUAUCGAAGAACCACCAACAAUUGAGGAGCCUACUACAUCAGGAAUCAUGCCCAGGGCAGCUGACAUUGUGUUCUUGGUGGAUGGAUCCAUCAACCUGGGCAGGGACAACUUCAAAGAGGUCAUGGAAUUCCUUGUGAACCUUAUUGAUGCCUUCUACAAUGAUCAAGACAGCUUACAGAUUGGUCUGGCCCACUAUGCUGCUGACGUGACGGACGUCUUCCACCUGAAUACCUAUCAAAACAAGGAUGACAUAAUCAACGCAAUUAACCAGGCGGAGUACAAGGGUGGCAACCGCAUUAACACAGGAGCUGCCAUCCGACAUGUGCAACAGAACCAUUUCGUGAAGGAAAAAGGCAGUCGGAAGGACAUGGGCGUCCCACAGAUUUUGAUGCUCGUGACAGGAGGCAAGUCAGCAGAUGAUGGGAAGUCAGCAGCCCUGGGAAUAAAGGCCACUGGAGUUCGUGUCUAUGCCAUUGGCGUGGGUGACAUUCAGGCUGAGCUUGCCAGCUUAGCGAGCGAGUCUGCCACUGUAGCAAGGGCCAGCAUCUACCAGGAGCUCUCCGAGCUGAACGAGCAGAUCCUGGUGACCUUGGACGAUGACCUGAAGGGCAUUAAACUGUGCACUGGGGUGCAAGAAUCCACAAGAAGUUGCAGCCUUGACGUCCUGCUGGGAUUCGAUGUGUCUUCGCAGAACAUAUUUGCGUCCCAGAGAAGCCUAGAGACAAAGAUGGCUGCCAUCCUUCAGCGAAUCAUGAAACUUCAAGCCAUCAGCUGCACAUCCGGCCAGGCUCCAAGCAUACGAGUGGGUAUGAUGGCGUUGGACUCCGCCUCUGAGCCUAUGCAUCUGGAAUUUACAGACAACUACACAGAGCUUUUGGAAGCCUUCAAGAACCUACGCAGCCGUGGGCCAUUUGUCCUCAACGCGAAGACCAUUGACGCCUACACUGCCAGAUUCAAAGCUCAGCCUAGUGAAUCCGUGAAGGUUGUGAUUCACCUGACAGAUGGUCUGGAUGGACAGUAUAGACAGAUGAAGGCACGAGCUGAGAACAUGAGGCUUUCUGGUGUGGACGGUUUCAUCUUGGUGGGCUUGGAGAGGGUGCCACAGUUUGAAGAGGCAGCACUUUUAGAAUUCGGUCGUGGGUUCAGGUAUACCCGCCCGCUGCGUGUUAACCUGAUGGAUCUGGACUAUGAGAUCACGGAGGAGUUGGACAACAUUGCUGAAAGAGAAUGCUGCUCAGUGCCCUGUAAGUGCACUGGUCAAAGGGGAGACCGAGGUGCUGUUGGACAAUCAGGACUGAAGGGUGAACCAGGAGCUCAGGGAUACAGAGGACACCCAGGAGACGAAGGUGGUCCGGGUGAGAGGGGUCCCCCAGGUGUCAAUGGAACCCAGGGUUUCCAAGGCUGUCCUGGACCAAGAGGUGUCAAGGGAUCUCGAGGGUACUCAGGAGAGAAGGGAGAGCUGGGAGACAUUGGCUUGGAUGGAAUCAACGGGGAAGAGGGCACAAGUGGAGUGGCUGGCCCACCAGGAGAACGUGGUAACCCAGGGAGACGGGGAGCUAAAGGUGCAAAGGGACAGGCCGGAGACAGUGGAGAAACUGGCAUCGCAGGAGAUCCUGGAGCUACAGGGAAGGACAAUACUCAGCGAGGACCAAAGGGAGACCUAGGUGAUGGUGGCGCUGCCGGAGAGGCAGGAGAGGACGGCAGAGCGGGAACCCCAGGAGAACCAGGAAGGAGGGGCUCAGAUGGAAGAAGAGGUGCACCUGGACAACCUGGUGCUGCUGGACAGCCUGGUGCUGAUGGCCUUGCAGGAGAGCCUGGGAUUGCAGGAUCAAGAGGAUCUCUCGGACCAGUCGGAACUCCAGGGCCAAGGGGCGAGCUUGGAAACCCUGGACCAAGGGGACCUGGAGGACCUCCCGGCACAGCCGGAGAGAAAGGCCGAAGAGGAUCCGUGGGCCGCAAGGGUGAGCCAGGAGAGCCUGGACCUAAGGGGGUCGUUGGACCCUUGGGCCCACGAGGAGAGCCUGGUGAGGAUGGUCGUGAUGGCUUCGGAGAUGCUGGACCUGACGGAAGAAAGGGUGAUGAAGGCUUCCCCGGGUACCCCGGACUAAAGGGAGCUGCUGGUGAGCCAGGGACUAAGGGAGGACCAGGACCCAGAGGAAACCGUGGCCAGCGCGGUGUUUCAGGUGACCCCGGUGGACCUGGUCAGAAGGGAGACAUCGGCUACCCAGGACCUUACGGCCAGAAAGGACCUCGAGGACAGAGUGUGGUGCAAUGCGACCUUGUCAAGAAGAUUCGGGACAACUGUCCUUGUUGCUAUGGUGCCCAGGAGUGCCCCCUGUACCCCACCGAGCUGGCCUUCGCGCUGGACUCCUCCCAGGGUGUGCAGAGGCCCGUCUUCAACAACAUGCGCGACACCGUCAGCCGCGUGCUGAACAACAUCACCAUCGCCCAGGGCAACUGUCCCCGCGGCGCCCGCGUGGCCCUGACCCUCUACAACAACGAGGUGACCACCGAGGUGCGCUUCGCCGACGCCAUGAAGAAGAAGGCCCUGCUGGAGGCCGUGGAGGGCCUGCAGCUGCAGACCUCGCGCAAGGAGCGCAGCCUGGAGACCGCCAUGAACUUCCUGGCCCAGAACACCUUCAAGCGCGUGCGCAGCGGCUUCCUGGUGCGCAAGGUGGCCGUCUUCUUCGUGGGCGGCGGCGUCAAGAUCUCGCCGGCCUUCAGCGCCGCCGCGCUCCGGCUGUACGACGCCGGCAUCGCCUCGGUCUUCCUCCUGAGCACCGACAACCGGCAGCUCGCCAGAGCCGUGCAGGUCAACAACACAGCCCUGGCUCAGGUGAUAGUCCUGCCCUCUCCUGGCUCUGCCGAAUACGAAUCAGUCAUCAGCAAGAUCAUGAGUUGCCACGUUUGCUAUGAUUUCUGCGCUCCAGAUGGUGUGUGCGACUAUGCCCCACCCCGCAGCGCCCGGGACAAGCGGUCCUUCAAGUCCGACCUGGACAUCGACAUGGCCUUCGUGCUGGACAGCUCCGAGACCACGUGGCCGUCCGUCUUCGACGAGUCCAAGCACUACGUGGCCCACAUGGUGGAGCAGCUGGAGAUCUCCCGCGAGCCGGUCACCUCCGUCCACCACGCCCGCGUGGCCCUGGUCCAGCACAGCCCCUACGAGUUCGUCCGCAACAGCAGCGGCCCCGCCGUGCACGUCUCCUUCGGCCUGACCGAGCACGCGUCGGCCGCCGCCAUCCGCGGCUUCCUGCUGGAGAAGACGCCGCAGCUGGAGGGCGGGCGCGACCUGGCCGGAGCGCUGGAGUCCACCGCGGAGCUGGUGUUCGAGUCCGUGCCGCACCCGCGCCGCCUCCGCGUCAUGGUGCUCAUGGUGACCGGCGGCGUGGAGGCGCUCGAGGAGCGGCUGGUGCGCGCCGCCACCGACGCCAAGUGCAAGGGCUACUUCCUGGUGGUGCUGGGCAUCGGCGAGCGGCUGACCGCCGGGGACGCCCGCGUCCUGAGCCGCGUGGCCAGCGAGCCGUCCGACGUCUUCUUCAAGCGCGUGGACAAGGACGCCGGCUUCUACGACGACUACAUUCAGAACUUCGGCCGCCUGCUGCCCAAAUAUCUAAGCCUUGACAAUGCCUUCUACAUGUCACCCGAAGUCGCCAAAAACUGCAAGUGGUCGCAGAGUGAUCAGCCUCACAAAACCCCAGAGAGAGCGACCAACAUGCACGAGAAGCAUCCUGUUCAGCAUCAGGAACAGACGGCAGACCAUGAGAAACACCCGAAAGACGUCCAUCUCGGCGAGCUGCACGCGGCCGACGUCACCUCCCACAGCCUGAGCCUGCGCUGGGCCGCCUCCGGCCAGCCCGGCCACGCCCACUACGAGGUCAUCGCGGUGCGUCUGCACGACCACACGCCCGUGCUGCGCAAGAACGUCACCCAGGCCCACGUCACCCUCCAGCACCUGGAGCCCACGCAGUCCUACCACGUGGCCGUCACCGCCCGCUCCGCCAAGGGAGAGGUCUUAGGAAUGCACAAGGGCAUCUUCACCACCAAAGGGGUAGAGCCAAAAAUUACAACAGGGGUUCAUCUAACGGCCCCUUUAAGUAAGCCAGAAGUUGAGCCUGAGAAAGACACAGUCUCAUCAAAAUCCAAGAUAAGCCCUGUUCCUGUGGACAUCUGCAAGCUGCCCAAAGAGGAGGGCACCUGUGUGAAGUUUGUGCUGAAGUGGUACUACGACACCCUCAGCAAGAGCUGCAGCCGCUUCUGGUACGGAGGCUGCGCUGGUAACGCCAACCGCUUCGAGACCAAAGACGAGUGUGAGAGGACGUGUGGGAAAGCAGCACCAGCUAGUCAGAGAGUGGCAGUCGCGGCCGUAAGAACUUAGGGGACCACUCAGCUCUUAACCUCAAACCGACAGCAGGAGGAGAAAGACACGACACCAAGACGCUGUGCCAACGUGAAGGUGCCUGCACUGGAUUCUGCCAAAGGAUAAAAUCCAAAGAAAUCUUGAAGUAUUUUUUUUUUUUAAGUUUUAUUAUGGUGUUUAGUUUUUAUUGUUUUUCAAUGCCAUCUUGUAAUGUUCCAGGACAAGAACAACAAAGCUUUUUUUUUAUUUUUUAAAAAUGAUUGUUUCAUUUGUAAGGUCGUUAAUUUUGAAGAAUAAAAAAAGAUAUUCACCUUAUAUGAAUGUCUUGGUCUAAGAGUAACAGGAAAUUUUGCACAGUUCUUAAGAUGUCACAGCUCUGUAUUCACUCUGCAAGCCAUCUUGCCCACAUCAGUGUCUGUUGUGAGUGAGAUGUCAAACACAAAUGAUCCCCUUAAGGACAGUAUUCUCCUAGCUAGCAAAAUAGUCACGACCACUUUCAUCAUCACAGCUGUAUCUCUUAUCUGUUGUUGUUUUUGCAUAUCAAAGCUACAGUAUCACCUCUUGUUGACAAACAGAGUUGUUUUUGUAUAACCAAAAAAAAAGCACCUCUCGAGCCAGUGGCUCGAACAUAAAAGUCAGGUCUCAAAUUAUGAAAUGUAUGAAAUGCCCCUUCCGCUGUUUUUGUUUUUGGUGCUAGUUUCCAUGUCACUGUGCAUUUUCUUGGGGAAAAGGGGAAUAAAGAAAUAAAUUAGACUUUAUACAAAACCAAAA